GGCCGCUUAAAACUUUCCUUUGACCUUCCAAAACAGAGCAGGCUCUGUAUGUAAUUAAUCUAUUUAUACGUUUGAAACUUUUCUCUUUGCUUCUCACAUUUGAAAUCUCUGGUUACUGUUAUAGCUUAGAUUUUUAUAGAGAAAGAAAAGAAAGAAAUGCCUCUAAUAGAGAAUUCUUGUGUUCUUGAAGAACCACGACAAGUGGUCAGGAAGUUCUUGGCUAGGCCUCAACAUGAAGGAUUUGGAGCCAUUGUUAGAAGGAGCAUAGGAAGGUUUGAAUUGAAGUACUUUGAUCCUUUUCUUGUAUUGGAUGAGUUCUCUGUUACAGCCCCAGCUGGUUUCCCUGAUCAUCCACACAGAGGAUUCGAGACAGUUACCUACAUGUUGCAGGGAGCUAUGACACAUGAAGAUUUUGAAGGGCACAAGGGGACCAUAUGUACUGGUGACUUGCAAUGGAUGACUGCUGGAAGAGGGAUUGUUCACUCUGAGAUGCCUGCAGCUCAAGGAAUCCAAAAGGGUCUGCAGUUGUGGAUCAACCUCUCCUCAAAACAUAAGAUGAUUGAGCCAAAAUAUCAAGAAAUAUCCAGCAAGGACAUUGCAGAAGUAUCAAAAGAUGGGGUGAAGGUUAGGGUCAUAGCAGGAGAGGCAUUGGGGACAAAAUCACCAAUCUACACAAGGACCCCCACCAUGUACUUGGAUUUCAGUCUGAAACCAGGAGCUCACCUUCAACAACCCAUACCCAUAACUUGGAAUGCUUUUGUGUAUGUCUUGGAAGGUGAAGGCAUGUUUGGGAAUGCAAAAUCUCUGCCAAUAUCAGCUCACCACCUUCUUCUUUUAGGGAAUGGAGAUGGUUUGGAAGCAUGGAACAAGUCAUCUAAAACCCUAAGGUUCAUUUUGGUUGGAGGAGAACCACUGGGUGAGCCUUUGGUGCAAUGGGGGCCAUUUGUUAUGAACACUCAAGAAGAGAUUGAUCAAACAAUUGGUGAUUUUGAGAAUUUUGUUAAUGGGUUUGAGAAAGCUAGGUAUUGGAGAUCUGAAGCUGCUGUUAGCCUUGGUUUUUAGUUUUUGUAGUAAUUUGAUUGAGAAAUUAUUGGUUGAUUAAGGAAAAAUUAAAAUAAAAAAAUAUAUCAUUAUCUCAAAAUGAAAAAAAUUGGCAUAAAAUUGACAUA